AAACCACCACCAUGGCUGCCGAGUAUGAAGUGCAGUCUGAAAUCGAGGUGCUCCAGUCUAUCUACCUGGACGAGCUUCAGGUGUACAGAGGAGAUAACGGGGGCUGGGAAGUGAGCCUGGUCCUUUACCCAUCCACAGCCGAGGACUCUGUCUCCCAGUUUGUGCGACUCACCCUGACUUUGACCCUUGAUCAACAGUAUCCCUCUUCUUCUCCUAUCAUCUCCAUCCAUAACCCACGGGGGCUUUCUGAUGACAAGCUUAUAAGUGUCCAGAGGAGUCUGCAGGCUGAGGCAGAAUCCUGUCUGGGUUCACCUGUCUUAUAUCAACUCAUCGAGAAAGCUAAAGAGAUUCUGACGGAGAGCAAUAUUCCUCAUGGGAGUUGUGUCAUUUGCCUGUAUGGGUUUAAGGAGGAAGAGGUGUUCACGAAGACAAGCUGCUACCAUUACUUCCACUCCCACUGCCUGGGCCGCUACAUCACUCACUCCGAGAGGGAGCUCCGCGAGAGGGAGAAGGAACUAGAGGAGGACAAGACCAGAGAGAGAUCAGACGAGCAGGAGCUGACUGUUGUCUGUCCAGUGUGCAGAGAGCCUUUGACAUAUAAUGUUGAUCAGCUGCUAUCUUCCCCUGCCCCCCGUGAUCCAGAGCUCGAAGGAGCGGAGAUUGGGGGAGAUUUCCGACAGAAGUGGUUUGAACUCCAGAAGCUUUUGGAAAAGCAGAAAGCUAAAGGUGGAAUCAUUGAUCCUGAGGUGGAAUCAAAUCGCUUUCUCAUCCAUAUCAAUGAGGCACCCUCUGAUGCUGAAAACAGUAACCUCGAUACCAGUGUCUCACCUAGCCAGUCAGUGUCCUCCACCCCUGCUGUGUCUGCUGAUGAAAUCUGUGUUCAUCAGGACCAAAUGCAUACUGGCUCAUCACAUCGCAGAGGUGCACCUGGUCAUAGGCGACAGGGCCAAUGGAGGGGGCAAAGGAGAGGAAGUAGGGGAAGGCCACAACAUGGGAGGCCUGGUCCUCCCACUGAAAAUCUAGAUAAACUCUCUCUGUCUUCUGACAGCACCCAAGGCCAUUCUUCUGAAGGACCGUCAAAAAACAAAUUUCCGGGUAGCCAUGGCGAGCAGAAACUAGGGCACACAGAGCUAAGUCUGUGUAAGAUGGAUGGGGAGAGUCCCACAAAUUUCACUCAACAAGAGCCUCAGGUUUCUACAGAUAAACAGCCACUGUGUCAGCCAAAUCUGAAUUCCCUGAAAAUUGAGCGCUCAAAUGAGGUUGGAGAAACGGCUCGCAGAGAGGGCAAUCGAAGCAGGAAAAGAGGCCCCCAUGGAUCCUUCCAACGGCCAAGCCACUGGGAUGAGAGGCAUCUCAGAGGAAUGGGCCAAUGGGAUGAACCAGCUUUGAACCAUCACUGGGACAGGCAUGAUUUGAGAAGCAGGGGAAGAGGCAGUAAUCCUUUGGGCAGAGGAGGCGGCGCUCGCCGGGGUCAUGGAAGGGGCUUUCAUCAGAAAGUGGUGGACAGAGAGGUGGGACAAGAGGGGGUGCUAUGACAAAGGGUCUUAGGAGGGCCGAUGAGUAAAUAUAUUUGUGCCUCCACUCACAAUCUGCAUAGAAUAAAGCUCUGCAUUAGAACUGACUCUCAGUAUAAUGUCCUAUCUUCCUUUGCAGUGCUUUUAUUCUGGUCUUUGGUAAGGACAGUUAUGUAUAUUUAUAUCAGAUGCAAAUGGUUGUUGGUUUCUUGUGUGAUGAAAUAUGUCAUGAGAGAACAAAAUAUCUAAAUAAACUCACUUUUUGAGGUGCAAAGA